UAAAGUCGAUGAUUUCUGUUUUGAAUAGAGCAAUGCCAUAUCUGUCCAUUAGAUGCAACCACAAAUUCCUAAUAAGGUUAACAUUCCAAAGUAGUGUGGGAGUUUUGAAGAUUUUAAAGACUUAAAAUGAUAAAAUUACCUCGACAGAGAGAACAGAGCACCUUGGCGGGAAGUUUGUGAUGAAAGCUCUUCAACAAGUAAAACGACAAUGUUGGAUUCAACUUGAAAAUAACACUUGGUAAACACAUGACUCAGACACAUAACAAAACAAUUUGGUCACAUCUGGAAUGCCUAAGUCUUAACCUGAAGUCUGGUGAAGUCUGCCCGACACGAUUACCAGUAACAGAAAUAGGAUCUCCAUCGUAUAAUAAAGCCCUUGUUGGGUACGACUCCAAUUAGAAUCGACAUAUGGCAAGUCGUUUAAGCGAACAGAGUUAUGUUUUAUAAUUGAAAAAAGCAGGGAUAUAAAAACAGUAAUCAUUACGCCUAAAAACUUGUAAUAUCUAAAUGAAUAGGCACCCUUAAAACACAAGCAGAUAUUUAAGUUAACCACUAACAAGUGAAUUAUAAAGUGAUAACAUCAAGUUAGAGUGACACAAAUGCCGGGCUGGGAGACAUAUAAAUAGCUUACCAAAACAACUAGUUGCAUGAUAAGGAACAAGGCAGAUUUGUUAAAGCUGGAUAUCUUAUCGUCCACUAUCACGAAGUUCAUCAGGAAAAAACAUAGAUUAACUGAGUCCACUUUGAAGAAGUCUUGGCGUAACAGAUUUUUGUAUAUUGAUAGUGUAGAUUGAUACGAUGUUUGAUGAGAAUCUAGCCACGAGCGGAACAUAUCUUUAACUCUAAAUGAUAAGGAAAGCUUUAACUAAAUUGAAUCAAGCUGCCAAUUUAGGGAUAAUUUUGCACCUGAGUACUGAGAGCUCUAAUCAAGUUUCCAGUGCCUGGAGGACCGACCUGUGUGACAGGAGAUAUUGGAUACGCUUGUCAUUUAAAACAGGAUCUCGUAAGGGUUCUCUUGGAAUAUAUACCGCAAAGUAAUUGGCAGAGACCCGUUUGACUUGGAUAUAUCAGAGACAUCAAAAAUGGAAAAUAUUGCUGAAUAUUCUGGGCUUGUGAUAUGUCUUCUACAAAUGAUAUGCGGGCUGACUGCUGCAGAAUGGUCCGAUUGGUCGAAAUGGAGUGAUUGCAGUCGUACAUGCGACGGUGGCGCCUCCUAUCAAUUGAGAAAGUGCACAAUAGAAGGCAUGUGUGAAGGGGAUGAUAUCCGAUACAGGACAUGUAACAUGAAGGACUGUCGAGGCUACUCCAGGGACUUCAGAACAAAGCAGUGUGAAGCUUAUAACGAUGUUCCACACAAUGGUGGCAUUUAUAAAUGGGAACCCAUAGAGAGCCCAGAAGACCCAUGUGCUUUGAUAUGCAAAGCGCGCCACUCCUCCGAACUAACUGUAAAGUUGGCUCCAAAAGUAUUAGAUGGAACGAGAUGUGAACAUUCCAAAAAUAUGUGUAUCAAUGGAAAAUGCAGGAAACUUGGCUGUGACGGUGUUUUGGACUCACCAAAAGCUGAGGAUGAGUGUGGCGUAUGUGGCGGGGAUGGGUCAUCUUGUGAUAAAAUGAAACCACGAAUUUAUUGGGAGGAAACUGAUUAUUCUGAAUGCAGCGUGUCAUGCGGUAUAGGUUACGAAGUAACGUCCACAAUCUGCAAAGAUCGCUUCAACAAUAAGGUCAUCAAUAUCGCAUACUGCAAAAAUCUUGAAAGACCAAAACCGAAGGAAAAGAUGUGCAAAAGACUAGCAUGUCUCCCUGUUUGGGUUUCUGAGCCAUGGACUGAGUGCUCUCAAUCUUGUAAUGGUGGAGUCACAACACGAAAGGUUUACUGUGCGCAAGAGAAAGAAAAUGGCGUGUUUCAUCCAGUGGAGGAUGGACGAUGCGUCGAAGAUAAACCAACAAAUAGGAAAGCGUGCAACGAAAUCCAAUGUCCGAUUUGGAUGGAAGGGGCUUGGUCGAUGUGCAGCGCCACCUGUGGUGUUGGUAAGCAGUAUAGAGAAGUCGUGUGUAAGCAAACCAAGGGACUGAAUUGUCGCAUGGACUUGAAACCAAUUACUUCUCGGGAAUGUCACACAUGGACGCCAUGCAUCAAUACUAUGGAAACUGAAAAGCUGGAAUCUGGUGGUCGCCAAGUAGCUAACGAAUAUGGAUUGUCCGACCACAAUUCCCUCAGGCCGGGUGUCCGUCCUGAUUACACGCUAGAGGGGGACGAGACUGUUGUAGAUGUCGCGAGUUUUGUAGCAGAGCCUUGGGGCCCGUGUGCUGCAACGUGUGGCAAGGCUAUCAGGAUCAGGAAGGUGCGCUGUAAGAUAUAUCUAGAGUAUGCAGACGCAGUAGAAGACCUCCCCGAUGAGGAAUGCAAUGGGACUAAGCCAGCCGAAAUAGAACCAUGUCUGCUGAGAUACUGCCCUGGUGAAAUGCCAAGACACGAGGACAAUUUGAUACCACAUGGUCGAGGGAAAUAUGAAUGGCAGUAUACUGGUUUUACUGCGUGUACAGCUUCCUGUAUGCCAGGGGGUUUUCAAGAAUCUAUUUCACUUUGUACACAGUCGUCUGAUGGGGAAAUUGUGAGUAAUGAGCUAUGUGCUGAUGUUGAGAGGCCACCUUCCAGGAUACAGAUGUGCAAUCAGAUACCGUGUCCACCGCAAUGGCGCACUCAUCAGUUCGGACAAUGCAAUGCUACAUGCGGAUAUGGUGUAGAGACACGCAAGAUUGAAUGCGUUCAAGAUUUGCACAUUGGUAAAACUGUUAAUAAGAUUGUUAUAUCUAACAAUUUCUGCACUGAUUCACCUCCGGAAACGACAAGAACAUGUAAGGCAGAUACGGAUUGUGAUCCAGUGUGGGUUCCAGGCCAAUGGAGUGAGUGUUCCGAGAAAUGUGGACGUGGAUUGAAAAGUCGGAUUAUUCAUUGUCAGCAACAGUUGGCUUCUGGUUUUACAGUUAAUGUAACUGAGUCACGAUGUUCAGAGCAGAAACCAUCAGAAAAGUUACUUUGCAACAACAACCUUUGUCCAAGGAUUGUCCUUGAUAAAUCAGAGUUUGUUCAAAUCUUACCAAGGCGUGUGGUAGAUAUUGGCGUUGGUGGAAAGGCAGACGUUUUGCCGGGAGUAACGAUACGAGUGAAAUGCCCUGUGAAACAUUUUAACAAAAAGUGGGUUCUUUGGAAAAAGGAGGAACAGAGUAUUCUUAAGAAAGGCCGUGUCAAAGUGUUAAAAUCUGGAAAACUAAGAAUAAGAAAAAGUAGUUAUAAAGAUGGAGGCACAUAUACUUGUUAUGCUAGAAACGAAAGUGCAACAAUAAGGAUUUCAUUUCACUCUCGGGUACAAGCCAAUCAUCUUAUCAAAUACAGAAAGAAAUAUCUCAAAGACAAAUUCAAAAGUGAAAACAGUAUAUUUAAACACAAACAUAAGGGUAAUCCUAACCUUGUUGACGAUACGUGGAAUGAUAACUUUAUUCAUUUCAACCAAUCCGAAUCUCCAUUUGUAUUUAUUCCGGGUGAUUGGUCACGCUGCUCUGUCAUGUGCGGCGGAUAUGGAGUGCGCAGGCGCAAUGUCACGUGCGAACUAAUUAAUGAUGAAUUCUACAAAGUUGUUGAGAAUGAUAUAUGCUAUAAUGAUCGACUUAUCCUCCCUCAGCUGUUACAGCGAUGUGGUAUUCCAGAGUGUCCUUCCUGGCGGGUUGGCGAAUGGUCAACGUGUCAAAAUUCCCCAUGCCACAAAAAUAGUGAGGCGCUUGUUGUGCGACCUCUUGAGUGCCUACUGUCAAACGGUACAGUGGUUGAUAAAAUGUACUGUCAGACUCGGACACCCCCAACGCAUGAACGAAUCUGUAAGAAAACUGAAUGUCUGGCAAAAUGGGUAUCUUCAAACUGGGCAAAGUGUACUGGUCGUUGUGGCAAGAAGGGCUACAGUACACGAUGGAUCCGGUGUGUUUGGGAGGGAACUGGUCUACCAGCUGGCGUGAACUGUAGGGGUCUCCCUAGACCAACAACAAGAAAGGCCUGUGUUGCUCCGGCCUGUUCAAAAUGUAAUGAUAAAUCGCCAUCAUACUGCAGUCUUGUUAAAAUGCUGCAUAUGUGUCGACAUAAGGUAUACAAAGCCCGGUGCUGCAGAUCUUGUGGGGCAAUAAAAAAAUAGAAUUCGUAUAUGCUGAAAAGAAGUCACAAUUCAGGCUAAAAGCUCCAAGGCGGAAGACCGAUUGUAUGCUUGCGUUAACACUAAACACGCACCUACCAGAGCAGUUUGAGAAAUAUCAUACCUGCCCAGCCAAUAUACGUCGUUGAAGCGCGUCAACGUCCAUCGGCAUUUAAGACAGUUGACCCAGUUAAAUCAGCUAUUUAAUAGAUUUAGAUUUUAAUGUGCAGACUAGUGUGGCACAACUGUACUUUAUUUAAUUUAAUUAAUAUCUUUAACAUUUCCUAGGUACGUAGUAUUUAGACAUAUUUCCGAGAUAAUUUAUAUACACAAUGGUUUGCUGUUUAUGGCAUAGGACAAAAUCUCUGCAACAGCUAAUGGAUGCUGGAAUCGUCUGCCUAGAUUGGAUUAGACAAGUUAUGGCAGUCAACACAUACAGCAUUGGCUAUUUUCAUCUUUCUUUUAAUAUAUAUAAUAUAUUACUAUAAGUAUAUCAAUACAUCGAUGUGUAAAUAGUCUUCAGGAUGUACAUAGUUCCUCAAGUAUAAAUAAAUUGAAUUGACAGUUUGUUUAUAAAUAUAUCAACGAGCACGUCUAUUGACACUUCUUAUAACAUUAAGAAUACACGUCUGCACAUAUAAUUAGCGCAUUUUUAUUUUGCCAAUUGCAAUUUUAGAAAUGGCAAAAUGUAUUAUACCAAACUUUAGAGAUAUCUAAUAAGUAGGGAACUAGAUAACAAAGUAUUCUUCCAGACUUAACGAUCAUACAACAAGUGCACAUUUAGCUAUAGAAUAGUUGAAGUUUUGUGAUUUAAUAUGAUAUUUCUUGACACGGUAACGACACAAAUAUCAUAGCAUAAACGUAUGUGGUUAUUCCAAUAACAGUUCGAGUACCACUUUGUAUUUACGAUUAUGAAAUCAAAGAUGACACAUCUGUAUAAUUUGCAUUUAAUUUGUUUCAUUUAUGAAUGUGAUUUAUUUUUUAUUUAUAUCACUGAAGCCAUUUUAC